CAGCUCCUGCAUUAGCAUUUGAUGCAGACUUCUGGCAGACUUCCGUCGGCGGACUCAGCGCCGCGGAUGAACAUAACCAAACUUUGCCGAUCGGGGGGAGGAAAUCCGUGAACAAGUCGGAAAACGCGAAAAGAGCUUCCACUUCCUUAUUUGAACGUGUGCGAGGUAAAGACCUUGUGCGGCCGUGACUCGACUCGGGUGGAUGUGAAAAAAGAGCUCUGAACUGAAGACGUGCAGACGGGACUAGGUUUCAUCGCGGAAUAGCACAGAGGUCCACAGCUCAGCAGACUACCAGGGCGCGCGCAGUCCGUGGUUGGUUUACUCGACUCAGACCGUCUGCCUGCGCUCGAGCUGGGGGUAAAAACUCCGGGAUGCGUCCGCUCGGUGUUCAUUAAACAACAGUUAACCGGCUGAAUACGCUUCAACCUGCGCUGCUUGGUCGGUCGGCAGAGGAUCGAUACCCCCCCCCCCCACCUCCCGUGUUUCCCGCAAACCGACCGGACUUUUCUCGACACCGGCGCUGGGACUUUAGCCGAACUCAAGAUGUCUAUUCUGCCCUUCACGCCCCCGAUUGUCAAGAGACUUCUGGGCUGGAAGAAAGGGGAGCAGAACGGACAGGAGGAGAAGUGGUGCGAGAAAGCCGUGAAAAGUCUGGUGAAGAAGCUGAAGAAGACGGGGCAGCUGGACGAGCUGGAGAAAGCCAUCACCACCCAGAACAUCAACACCAAGUGCAUCACCAUACCGAGGUCUCUGGAUGGCCGUCUGCAGGUUUCCCACAGAAAAGGUCUGCCCCAUGUCAUCUACUGCCGUCUGUGGCGCUGGCCCGACCUGCAGUCCCACCAUGAGCUGCGGGCGGUGGAGUUGUGCGAGUAUGCCUUCCACACAAAGAAGGAUGAAGUGUGCGUCAACCCGUACCACUACCAGAGAGUGGAGACACCAGUACUACCACCUGUGCUGGUGCCCAGACACACAGAAAUCCCCAGUGAGUUCCCGCCGCUGGAUGACUACAGCCAUUCAAUCCCCGAAAACACCAACUUCCCUGCUGGAAUUGAGCCCCAGAGCAACUACAUACCAGAAACGCCACCACCAGGCUACCUCAGUGAGGAUGGUGAGACCAGCGACCACCAGAUGACCCACAGCAUGGACACAAGCUCCCCGAACCUGUCACCUAACCCUGUUUCACCCACACACAGCAACUUAGACCUUCAGCCAGUGACAUACUGUGAGCCGGCCUUCUGGUGCUCUAUUUCAUACUAUGAGCUGAACCAGCGAGUAGGAGAGACCUUCCACGCCUCACAGCCGUCGCUGACAGUGGACGGCUUCACGGACCCAUCCAACUCGGAGCGCUUCUGUCUGGGCCUGUUGUCCAACGUCAACCGCAACGCAUCAGUGGAGUUAACACGCAGACACAUCGGCCGGGGUGUGCGGCUGUAUUACAUCGGAGGAGAAGUGUUUGCUGAGUGUCUCAGCGACAGCGCCAUCUUUGUCCAGAGCCCAAACUGUAACCAACGCUACGGCUGGCACCCCGCCACAGUCUGCAAGAUCCCACCAGGAUGCAACCUGAAGAUCUUCAACAACCAGGAGUUUGCAGCCUUGCUGGCCCAGUCAGUCAACCAGGGCUUUGAGGCCGUGUACCAACUCACCAGGAUGUGCACCAUCCGCAUGAGCUUUGUUAAGGGCUGGGGAGCCGAGUACAGGCGACAGACAGUGACCAGCACCCCCUGCUGGAUCGAGCUCCACCUGAACGGCCCCCUGCAGUGGCUUGACAAGGUGCUCACACAAAUGGGCUCCCCGAGCAUCCGCUGCUCCAGUGUCUCCUAGGGAAGCCCUUCAUCCACCUGCUUCCUGAACACCACGUGACUAAAAACACAGACUCCAUGCAGAAAAGAACGGCUACACAAGUACGGAAAGACAAGCCCCUCCUCGAUCUGUAACUCAGUCCUUCCUCCCCCACCAGCUGUCAGUAGCACUUUUUAUAAACAUGAUGUUUGUGGCGAAUGGGGACAAGUGCAUUAAAGCAGAACCAUGUUAGCAGGAUCUCUACAUUUUGUCCAGAAUGAAUAUUUUCCUUUGGCAUCUUUGUGCCAGAAAGGCUGUAGCAAUGUGAGGAGGGUUGUUUUUGGUUUUUUUUAUUAAGAGAUUCUUAUUUUCUUUGCUCUUUUCAUUUUCUUGGUUUUUAUGUUUUACAUGUGUACAGAUGUUAAAAGUGAACCGUGGAUUUAAAAAAAAGAUUUUUUUUUAAGCAUUAAUAACAACUUUGUAAAGCAUGUGUAAGAUCAUGUUAAAUACAUCUCACUUGACUGUGUUCCUGUAUCUGGGCAUUGGAUCCUGUAUUAAGAUGAUGGAAUAAUGGAGCCAUCAUUUUCAAACACUGUGUGAAGGACUGUACUGUAAGCCUCGUUUGUUUGUCGUUUGCAGCCUCCAGCAAUCUGAGGACGCAAGUAACAGUUUCAGACAGAAACAAAUGAUUAAGCAAAAAAUCUUCAAAGUUUGGAUCAAACUUUUCCCUCUGAUCGCUGUAAAAAAAUCCUCUCAACAGAGUAUUCGGGUCACGUAAAGGGGAAAAAAUACCUGAGAUUACAAGAAGAGGUAAAUUUAGGCUGCGUGUCAUUUUAAAAGGGGAAUAUCAGAAGACCAGUUUAUCAUCUGUGUUAAAAUGAGGAAUCAGGAGCAACUUGUUAAGUUAUACUGUCGUAUACAUUUCCCAAACACCGUAAUGAUUCCUCUAUAGGCACAUUAGCAUCAUAUUAUUAUAAAGAUUGAGCGAGGAACUGUAUUCUGAAGAAAGAACCAUACAGGAAGUUGCCUCUGCGGUUGCUGUUGUUACAUCAAAGGGUAGUUGUUAGAACGAAUUCAAGCAUGGAACUUUUUCUUAUCGAUUCUGACUUUAUUCUCGAAAUCUCAGGUUAUUUUUUCUUCGGUGUGGCCCUAAUACUCUGUUGUAAUUCACUGAUUUGAAAUGUGGGACAAAUUAUUCUGACGAAGCAGUGUGAUGCUUCAGGAAACAGUAGAGCAGAAGGGAUUUAACCCUUUAAAUAUGAGUAUUUAAAGACAAUUCUAUUCAUAAAAUGUCACCAGGAGGAUGAUGCACUUUUGUUAAACGUGAAUAUUUUGUUCAUUCAUUGACAGUUGUAUUUUGUUGUUACAUGAAAUAUUGCCUGCGUUAAUUUCAAGAAGUUUUGCCAACGUACAAAAUUCAUUUGCAGCAUUGUAUUAUGUAGUAGUUAGUACAUAAUAGGUUUUUACGCAACCCUUCAAAAAACAUCUCAUAAACUGUAUUACUUUGCAAACUUGUAGUUAAAUGACAAACUGAACACACAAAAUGUAGUUAGAUUACUUGUGUGUGGCAGGAGUACUCUGCAGCACGUGUAAAGAUGGCAGGAAGUUUACUUCAUGUCUUUAAUUCUCAGCAGUCCAUGACAUGGGUUUUAUUUUUGUAUUAUCAGUAAUAAUGACUCUUUGUUCACUCAGGAUCGUCAUAACAAGAGUUCCGUACUGAAAGCAGAUGCAUGAUGCUCCCGGUUAUUCUUGAUGAGGUGAUAACACGUUGAAGAUAUUGUCUGACGUGACAGAACAUGUGUCACAUGUAACAGAAAACCUGUGAAGACGAAAAGCAGAUUCAGCACAAAGCACAAAGGGAAACUUUUAGAUAGACGGCGGCGUGUAAAUAGCAUGUCCCUGUUUUUUAGGUCUGUGUACAUGUAGGACUUACAUGUGUUAUUAUGUGACCUUCAUAAUGUCGGUGGUUUUGGAAGCUGGGGAACAAAAAAUAAGCAAAAAAUGUUGAGUUGGAGAAAAAAGCAUAGUCGUAGCUUUUGUCCCGUUUCCUCUCAGCCACCCGCUGUGGUGGAAGUGGAUCAAUUUCCUUCUGGUUCCAUAACACGAGACAAAGACACAGUGGGUGAACACGGACAAUAUAUUGAAUCUUUUUAUAGUACUUAUUUACAUGAACCCAGCGUUUGAUGUUAAUGCCAGCCCAGUGGUGCUAAUCUUUAACAUUGUAGGGACUCAAGAGAAAAGCAAAGCCAUGAGAUUUAACUUAAAGCUGGUGUAGACGCUGAUGAGGACUUGUGAACCUUCUAACUAUAACGUCAGGUUGUUUCAGAAACAGUAGCAUCUACCGAUCUGAGACAAGACGGCUCUGUGUAGAGCUUUUAGUGUCCUUGAACACAGCGGCCCUGAUCCUAAUGGGCUCGUAAACCCCGUAGUCGAUGUAAUUACCCAGUAGGGAAUAUUUUUGCAAGCAAAUUUGUCAUUUUUAUACACUCUUCAACUUAUAGUGCUUGUGUUUUAUCCCCUUGUCUAAAUUUUUCACUGUAAUAGUUAAUAUUAGUCGUGAUUUAUGCUUUUUUUUCCUGCUUGUUAGAUGUCUUGUAUAAAAUUAUACCCUCUAUUUUUCUCUGCCUAUGAAAAGUUGAUGUGAUGCUUUAUAUUUUUGUUUAUUAUUUUUGGUCUAUGAAUAAAAUAUAUAUCUUGUGGUGA